UUUGAAAGUAUAAUAUUGUCAUUGAAUAUUCUGCUCUUUUGAGUUGAGUAGUUUAUAUAUAUACAAUGUGCUUAGUAUAAUCACGUAUGUAAUCGAAGACUAGACGUAAAGAAUUAAACAUUUAUUAUUUUUUUAAAUUAAAAUGUCGCAUAAAUUAUUGAAACUCGGAGCUUUAGAGGCAAAGAAAACAGCAUUUUUUUUAUGCGACGUUCAAGAAAAGUUUAGACCUCAAAUUAAACAUUUUGGAGAAGUUGUAGCAGUCGCAAAUAAAAUGUUAGAAGCGGCAAAACACUUGAAAAUACCAGUUUAUGUAUCAGAGCAACAUACGAAAAGCUUUGGUCACACCACCAAGGAUAUAAAUCUAGAGGGGGCAGCACUUGUUUAUAAUAAAUCUACAUUCUCCAUGUAUAAUACAGAACUCAAGGAGAGAUUGAUAAAGGAUCUACCAAACUUGGGGUCAGCGGUGGUGUUCGGUAUAGCGGCCCAUGUAUGUGUUGAGCAAACAGUGAUCGAUCUACUGCAUGAAGAUAUUAAUGUGCAUGUAUUGGCUGACGGUGUAUCGUCGCAAUCGUUAAUGGAUAGAGAACUUGCUUUACAGCGAUUCCAAACGAUGGGUUGUUUUGUGACUACCGCUGAAAAUGUUUUAUUGAAGUUAUUAGGGGGCAUGAGUCACCCAGCAUUGAAAGAAGUCUCAGAGAUUAUUCAAAAUGACCCGACGCCUGAUGAAUUUGGUGCAGCCAAUUUGAAGAUAUAGAUUUUUUUAUUUAAUUAUUUAUUUAGACAAUUUCGAGGGUUCACCUUUGUUACCAUGAAAGUAAGUUAAGUUUGAAAAAGAAAAAUAAAAACAAUAUUUUUAUACUAUUUUCUUAUAUUAUAAUAAAUACAUGUUAAAAUACUCACUGA